AUGACGCGCGUCGCGUUAUCGCUCGCGCUGACGAUAUCCCUGCUCGCGGCCGUCGCGGCGACGUCGACCUACGAUGACGUCGCGGAGGCGUCCCGUUAUCUUCGAACCUACGGCUUUCUGGAGAACGAGGAGAAUCAUCAGCAGUCGUCGCUACUGGACAACGCGACCGCCCUGAGCGAAGCGCUGUCGUUGUUUCAGGAAUACUACGGUCUGCCGGGAAACGGCGUUCUGACCGUGGAAACGAUUCGCGUCAUGCGCAGGCCGCGAUGCGGCGUCGCGGACAUUCGCGCCUACAGCCCGUUGACGAGAAAGUGGCCGAGGGCGCAUCUCACGUGGAACUUCAAACUAGCGAACAGAGAUACUCUGCGCACGACUCAGAGCGCGUUCGCUCUGUGGUCCGAGCAAUCCGCUCUGACGUUCUCGCGCGACUCCCUGCGCCCCGAUAUACUGAUAUCCUAUCAAUCCGGCGCUCACGCGUACGAGAACAGCGACAACGGGGGCUCGUGCCCGUCGCCGUUCGCGGGACCGGGAUCGGUCGUCGCUCACGCGUUCUUUCCGACGGGAGAGCCCGAUCAGGUGACCGAGGUGCACGUCGACGAGACGGAGCCGUGGCACAUCACGCUGACCAAGCCCUCGUCGGACAGGCUGUAUCUCCUUCAGACGCUGACGCACGAGAUCGGUCACACUCUGGGUCUGACUCACAGUACGAGGGAUGACUCGGUCAUGUACGCGUACACGCCUUCGGAGGAAAGGCGAUAUCCGCUCAGGCUGAGCGUAGAGGACGUCAGACCGUCGGGCGAUAUCGCGAUAUUCGUCGGCGACUACGUCUACCUCGCCGAUUCGAAUUUUCAUCUUAAAGCGGGAUGGCCUAGAUCCGUCGAAUACGUCGGAUUUCCCCGCGACGCUAGGAUAAACGCCGCGAUAAACACGCACGCCGGGCGCAGUUACGUCAUAUACAACGACGAUAAGAUAGCCGAGAUGAACGACUGCGCGAUGACCGUCGCGAGGCACGGCGCUCUGCGGGACACGUUUUCCGGGAUACCACCCGCGAUAACGGCCGCCUUCCGUCACGUCGACGGUAAUCUCUAUUUUCUGAAGAAACGCGACUAUUACGCGUACAGCGAGUUCCUCGACGCGAUAAUCUCGGCCGGUCCUUUCGAUCUUAGCAUACUGGGAAUAGAAUGCCCAGCCGAUGGCAUUCUGCAUCGAUUGAGCGAACUCGUCUCCAAGCUGUAUCGCCUGGAAUACGCGUCCUUCGAAAGACCGCGCAACGGCGGCGGCGACGACGACGACGACGACGACGACGACGAUGACUAA